AUGGAUGCUGUACAUGCCCAAGUAUCCGUAGCUGGUGACGACUACUUUGUACGCGACGCACAGAGCACAUCAGGCACGUUCCUUUGCUUAAGUACACAAUUCCGUCACUUCCCACAACGAGAUGGCUUUCGUCUGCGUCGCGGGGAUGUCUUUCGGAUCGGUCCAACUACUUCUAUUCGAGUUGUAGACCUGCAGACCACAACCGAUCAAACCUCACUACGAAGCGACAAGUCUCGCUCGAACUCGUGUUCCAGUCUGACUAUAGCAACAGAGCAAUCCACCAUAGGCAAUGGAACGUCUAGACCAGUAUUAAAGCGCAUGUCCACCGUCGAGGAGCUCCGUCUUCUCGCUGCCGACAUCGAGGAUGAACUCAUGAACGACGACGGUAGACGUCUCUCAAAAAAAAGUGUCCGAUUUAACGACACACCUCCACUCAUGUCCGAUGGAACUGUGUUCCUGGGAAGUCGCUACUUACGUCCAGAAGUCAAGGAACUUCACUAUCACGAGCCAUCCCAAGUCGAAGACGCCGACGACGAUAUGAUCAAGCAACUUGUUGGAAGUGAACAUGAUCCACCUGAGUCUAACACAAAACCGCGUCGGUCUUCCUCCAUUCGCCUCGUCAUUUUCCAGCACGACCCCACGAAUACAAGCGCAGAGUCUGUGAAUCCUCGAGAAGUAACGCUACCGGGUGAAGCAACAUACCUCAUCGGGUCCUCCACUGCAUGCGACGUCCGUAUUCUCCCGUCCGAAGGCAUCAAGAUCAGUGCUGUUCAUGCUAAAAUCUCGUUUGACGGCGCAUCGUUCGUACUGCAGGACGUCUCUUUCGAACGAGAUCCACAGAGACAAACACGCGUCUUGCUUACGCAAAGACCCGUGCGAGUUACGCGCGGAGACUGGCUGUUACUCGGUACAUGCGCACUGUACGUAACAACUGUGACGAGAGCGUUCGACUCGGAUCGUCGUCCAGAUAUGAAGGAGGCAGCCAUGCGCUUGGACGUCUUACGGUUGUCCAAACGAAAGCCACGAACAAAAGGAUUGUUCGUUCCUGUAGGUUUCCGAUUGCACUCUGCUUCUGGCUCUGGAGCAUCCAGUGGCAGUAGCGGGUGGGGCGGCAGUAGUGGCGGACCUGUCACGUUCGGUAAGGGCAGAGACUGCGACGCUCAAGUCUUCACUGCGUCGUUGUCGACGGAACAAUUUAGUGUCCAACUCGAGCGUGGCACCUGCAUGAUCACGUCUAAGCCCACAGGACUCAACGCUGGCACCUACUUCCUCAUUGGGCGUGACGAAGUUGGAGCUGACAACGCAGACGACACUGAAGCUGAGAUAGUCAAGCACACGAGCAAACCUCUGCUACUGUCUGAAGGGUGCGUCUUCCGGUGUGGAGGAUGUGAAGUGGAACAACAACACGUUCUGUUCUUGAGUGCCAUGUCGUGGCUGCAGCCGAUCGUGAACGACGAAAAAACUAUCGCGAAUGUUGCACGUUGUGGCCAACGGAUGACGUUGAGUUCAGGUGACAUGGUCUACGAGAAAGGAGACGCCGCGAACGUCGUCUUCAUCCAAGUGACAACUGGAGGGUUCUUCGGAGAAUAUCUCGACACGGCGAGAGCAACUGCAGCGUGUGAGCUGCUAGCCCUGGCGAGAGAAGAUGUCUGCGGAUAUCUCGAGCUAUACAUGGAGGUAAUACGCGCUCACUUAAAGCACGAUCGACGUCGAGACAGGAUCAUCCGUGCUGCGUGCACUAGUGUACCUUGGCUACAGGGGAUUCUACUCCGAGAGAUGCAAAUACUGGCAGCCCAGGCCGAAGUCGUCGUCUAUCCUGCUGGGUCGACGUUAUUCGAAGACGGGAAGCUGUUCGUACCAGCUACGUUCGCUGUAGACACGUUUCAGAUCCGUGAUGGUCUUCUUGUACUCAACCGUGGGAAUGCUCAGAUCGUGAGAAAAGGCGUCGACGAUGUCCAUGACGAGGCAGAAGAUGAGCCAAUCGAAUGGUGGAGGUUCCAAGACCCAGUAGUGGCUAUGGGCUCAAGUUCUUCUCCGUCGAUACUGGACUUCGGUGACUUGUCUUUCCGCCUCAAAGCGUAUUCUUCCGUUGAAUGUUACUUCAUAGCUGCAGCCCAUCUAGUACACUUGAUCGAUGUGACCAGUGCGUUGCAUUCUGAUGGCAGCGGUGAUGACGAUAACUACGACACGCUGGACGGGUCCGACGGUGAAGGAGAUUCCACUGCAGUGUAUCGAUGGAGACGCAAGAAGCGCAACAAACAGCUUCUGGAUCAGAUAGUGCAGGAGACGCAGAAUGACGCACAGAUAUCCAACGCAAUGGUCUUGUACGUGCUAGCGGGGGCACAACGCGGAGAUAUCCACGUGGUCCGUAACGUGGCAUCUGUCGGAGGACUGCUCAGCGGCGCUGAUAUCGAGCUGAACGACCGGUAUGUCUCGCGUACACAUGCCGUCAUUGAAUACCACGACAGUCGGUACUGGCUGUACGACAACGGGAGUAAGUGGGGGACGUUUGUGCGUCUCGAAGACGACAAUGCCGUCGAUAUCAACCCUGGAGAUGUGUUUCUAGCCGGAGAGAUCGAAUUCACUUGUCUCGCGUCGUAUCCGGAGCGGAACAAAGCCAGUCUCUGCUGUGUAAUGUGA